CAACCAGCACCACCUCCCACAAAUUAAAAAGGGAAAGAAUUUUGAUAGAAAAUAAUUCUCAAAAUUCUUUUUUUAUUGAAAAUAUUUUAUUUCCCUUGAUGGAAAAAAAGAACAAGAGGGAUAGGCUCCACCACGUGUUAUACUAAUAUCCUCUUCUCACUUUAUCUAUUUCUUUUUUUGUUUUUUCUUCCUUUUUUAUUUUAUUUUCUAUUUUUUCCUUUUUGUUUUUUUUCUCAUUGAAUUUUUGUGACCCAAUAUUUUUUGUGCAGUAGUAGUAUCUUUUUGUUUAUUUUCUCCUUUUUCCCUUUAGAAAAAUACCCAACAAUUACAUUGAGCUGGAGAAGGGAAAAAAAGAAAGACACAUCAUUUGUAGUGUCUUCCAUUUUUUUACUUCUCUAUUUUUUUUAUUCUUGGUUCCGACUUUGUUCUCUUUUGUUCUUAAUUAAGAAAUGGGAGAUGGUAAAGAUAUGAAGGAAAAUGCUCCUCCGGAAUCGUCCCAUGAACCAAAAAUUUCCUCUCUAAAUGAUGAUCGAUCACAUAGUGCAGCUCAAACCAGCCAACAUAACAAUGAAAAAGAGGACUCCAUAACUCAGGAGACAGUUGAGGAUGCUUCAGACAGCUUAUCUGUGCAGGACAGUGAGACUCCUCGUGGAGAAAAUUUAGUUUCAGCAGCUCCCAUUAUGUCUGACGGAAUGAAUUACACUUAUAAUCAAGGAACUUCUCAAAUGGCUUCCAGUACACCAAUGGUUGGGCGAGAAGCCUCACCUGCACAUGAACUGAAAGCAAACGCUUCUGCAAAUAGUAGUACAGCGGCUCUAUCAGAAUCCAAUGCAUCAUCCAUGUUGGAUGCAAAACCAAGUGAAAUUUUGAAGCCAACAUCAGAUAUGGGUGCCAAUGGUAAGGUUCAGAACCAGCCAAAUGAUUCCUCUGAUGGACCAACAGCCAAGAAAGAUGCUUCAUCAACAUCAACCGGGAAUUCAGAUACAUCACCCCUAAAAGAGGAAAGCAGAAAGGGAUCUUCUGAACGCGUUCAAUCUAAACGUUCAGAAGUUGCAGAGGCAUCUUCUGAACAUGUUCAAUCUAAUCAUUCAGAUGUAGAACCAAAUAAUGCCUUACCGCUUCAUCCGCCAGAUAAUUCUUCUAGCAGUACCCAUAUCGAUGUGGAUGAGCCUUCUCCUGUAUCUACUCAAGUGAUGAGGAAACCUGAAAAUAAUAAUCACAAACCAACACCAGAUAACAUUGGUCGCCCGCUAGCCAAGUCUUCCACUUUCACAGCAAGGACCUUUUUACCCACUGCUAGUCUGAAGCAUCCUCAAAAAUAUGACAUAAACAAAGGCCACAUCGACACAGCAGCACCGAUUGAAUCUGUGAAGCAGGCGGUUUCCAAGUUUGGAGGGAUCGUUGAUUGGAAGGCUCAUCGUGUACAGACUGUGGAGAGACGGGAACUUGUUGAACAAGAACUAGCAAAAGUGAAAGAGGAGAUCCCAUUUUAUCAAAAACAGUCUCAGGCUGCUGAAGAUGCAAAAUUGUUAGUUUUAAAGGAAUUAGACGGCACGAAGAGACUUAUAGAAGAAUUGAAGCUGAACCUGGAGAGAGCACAAAAAGAAGAGCAACAAGCAAAACAGGAUUCAGAACUUGCCAAGCUCCGGGUGGAGGAGUUAGAGCAAGGGAUCGGUAAUGAUCUUAGUAUUGCAGCGAAAGCACAGCUUGAAGUUGCUAGGGCCAGGCAUGCAGCUGCAGUUUCUGAGCUACAAACUGUAAAAUCUGAGUUAGAAGAUCUUCGAAAAGAUUAUGCUUUAUUGGUCUCUGAUAAAGAUGGUGCGGUGCAAAGAGCUGAGGAAGCAGUCUCUGCAUCAAAAGAAGUCGAGAAGACAUUGGAGAAUUUAACUAUAGAGCUCAUAACAGCAAAGGAAUCUUUGGAGGUGGCUCAUGCUGCACAUUUGGAAGCCGAGGAACAGAGAAUUGGAGCAGCUAUGGCGGGAGAGCAAGAUGCUUUAAACUGGGUGAAAGAACUGAAGCAGGCAGAAGAGGAGCUCGACAGACUAAACCAGCAAAUUCUGUCUGCAAAGGAUCUCAGAGGAAAACUAGAUACUGCUUCAGCUUUGCUACAGGAUCUCAAAACCGAGUUGGCUGCUUACAUGGAAUCAAAGUUGAAGCAGGAAACUGAUGAAGAAGGAAACCUGAAUGGCGAACAGUCAGAGCCAAAGAAAAAAACUCACGAUGAGAUACAGUCAGCAGUGGCCACAGCUAAGAGGGAACUAGAAGAAGUGAAACUCAACAUCGAGAAGGCUACAACUGAAGUAAAUUUCUUGAAGGUGGCAGCAACUUCAUUGAAGGCAGAAUUAGAAAAGGAAAAAUCAGAACUAGCCGUGAUCCAACAGAGAGAAGGAAUGGCAUCUGUUGCUGCUGCAUCUCUUGAAGCUGAGUUGAGUAAGACACAGUCUGAGAUUGCUCUUACUCAGAAGGAGGAAAAAGAAGCAAGAGAGAAGAUGGUAGAGCUUCCCAAGCAACUCCAAGAGGUAUCUGUAGAGGCUGAUCGUGCAAAAUCACUUGCUCAAAUGGCACGUGAAGAUCUGAAGAAAGCAAAAGAAGAAGCUGAGCAAGCAAAGGCUGGAGCAAGUACCAUGGAAAGUAGACUACUUGCAGCUAAGAAGGAGAUAGAGGCUGCGAGAGCUGCGGAGAAGUUGGCGCUAGCAGCUAUCACUGCUCUGGAGGAAAGUGAAUCAGCUCAAAAAAACAAAGAUGAGAAGACCCCACCUGGAGUGACUCUAUCUUUGGAGGAGUAUUAUGAGCUCAGCAAGAAGGCGCAUGAGGCAGAGGAGCAAGCUAACAAGAAGGUGGCUGAUGCUCAUACCCAAAUAGAUGUAGCCAAGGAGUCGGAGCUUAGAAGCCUAAGCAGGCUGGAGGAGGUGAAUCGUGAGAUAACUGAAAGAAAGGAAGCUCUAGGAGUUGCAUUGCGAAAGGCCGAGAAAGCCAAGGAAGGGAAGUUGGCUGUAGAGCAAGAGCUGAGGAAAUGGAGAGAGGAGCAUGAGCAGAGGCGUAAAGCUGGUGUAUCCAUUCCACCUACAACCGGAAGCCCUAGAAAGAACGUUGAGGAGAGUAACGAAUCAAAGACCUCUGAAAGUGCACCAGAGGCUACUGCAUCUCAUGAAAGCACGAGUCCAAAAGCCCAACUGCAAGCAAGCAGUACUGAAGCCGAGUCAUCUCCAGAUGUAAAGAUUCCAAAGAAAAAGAAGAGGUCCUUCUUCCCAAGAAUCUUCAUGUUUCUAGCCAGAAGGAAAGUAGCACAGGCCAAGUCUGCUCAAUGAUUGCUGCAUGUACAACAUCUUGUCAUUGUUAAACAAUUGUUUCUCCAAAAUUUUGACUGUUUGUCUCGGUUGAUAAAGCGGAAGGGUAAUCUUUUACAAUAUGUACAUACACAGCAUUCUUUUAUAUGUACAAUAUAUUAAAUUAAUUCUAAGUCACUCAUAGAUAGCACUAUAGGAGGGGAAUAAGCUUGUUUUAGGUUUGCUGCAAGCCUGGAACCAUCAACUAAGAGAUUCUGUAAUUAAACAGUCUAGUUUGUUAUCAUUUCUGGACUGCCAUUUCAUUUUUGACUGAGUGCUGCGUUAUUUGGUAGGCAUUCAAUGUAUAAUGUAUCAUCAUCAGUUUUUUCUUAAAAAAAUUCACCUUAGUAUUGUCUGCCAGUAUCAA